AUUAGUUUAGUUUUCCCACUGCGGACCACAACUCGAACCACUUUGUCUUUCUUUCUUCCUUCACUCACUCCUCACUCAUCACUCGUUGCUCAUCCCACAUUCAAUUCAAAUUGAAGACACGCACCUUCAUCUUCUCUCUCUCUCCCUCUGCAUCAGAAACCACAAAACUCGUUUUCAGAUCUCAAACAGUUUUUAGAUUUUGGAAAUGGGGGAUGCUAUUCAUGCUGGUGCACCUUUGGAUUACGCUUCGAUUCAGAUUUUUCCGAAUCAAAACAGGUAUGAGGCAUGUGUCUGCAAGGGGAAACAAUUCGAGAAAGUGGCUGCUGGACUUUUGGAACAUUUGUCGCCACAUGUAACUGAAAUUAGUGAUUUGUGUGCUAAGGGAUUUGAUGCAAACUUUGAUCUCAAAUUACCCAAAAAUCUGCAUGGUGCUGAAUGGUUUUCUAAAGCAACUGUUAAAAGGUUCCUGCAUGUUGUUAGUUCACCAGAUUUAAUAAAUGUCAUCAAUACUAUCUUGGAUGAGAUGUCUAAGUUGGAGGAUUCAAAAAAAUUCCAUGCUUCUUUAUAUGGAAAGGACCGUCAGGGUCAUCUUGAAAGUGAGGAAAGAGAUGGUAACAGCAGCUUGCACAGUGACGCACCAACGACCAAACCUGAAGUUAAUAUUAUGACAUCCGACGCAUCAAAGAAUGAAUUGUUACGAGCAAUGGAUCUAAGACUCACAGCUUUGAACAACAAGUUAGCUGGGACUUUUAAUGAGGCUACUGGUGCUAAAUGCUCCCUUAAAGAUAUGGCUUAUUUAGCAAACUUUUGUCAGCAUUUUGGUGCCACUAAUAUAGAGCAAUCUUUGUGCAAGUUUAUAAAGCUAAACCAAAAGAGCCAGGAUGUUGAUCCCCUGAAUAAUGAAACUACCUCACUUGCAAGUGAUGUGAGUCAUGUGACGCAUGAUGAUGCAAAAAGGGCCGUUAAAAACCUACAGACAUCCAAAUCAUCACAUUCAGAUACUCCAGUCAAGUACAGUGUUUCACCUGCUAAAGCUGCUCAAGUUGAGAGAAACUAUUCAACAGAAAGUGAGGAAUCUUCUGACUCAAGUGAUAGGGAUCAAACAUCUGCUGAGAGAAGUCGAUCUCUAACAAGAUCUAUAACACCCAGAAGAUCAGCAUCCCCAAUGCGAAGGGUACAAAUAGGAAAAGCUGGACCCCGCAGAGCUGCUGCAUUAACUAUCAAGAGUCUCAAUUAUUUUCCUGGUAGGGAGAGACCAAUAUCUUAUAACGAUACUUCUGAAAAUGGUUGUGAAGGGGAAGUAUCAGAACAACCCCAUAAGAAGUCAGAAAUUGAUGUAAAGAGGAUAACUGUGCAAGCUGCCAUCAGUCUUUUUGAAAGCAAACAGCGGGAUCAAUCUACAGAUAUUCAAAAGAGGAAAUCAUUGGCAGAUGUUUCUGUUAGUACAAAUAAAUCUGUCUUGAGAAGAUGGAGUUCAGGUAUGGGGGAAACCUCAGUUCAGGGCGAGCCAGAAAAUGUUCCUGAAGAUCCUGAUCCAGUGACUUCCAAUGAUGUACAUGCUGAGCAUCCUCAGAAUUCAGAAGUAGGAAUGGGGUCUGAUUUUAUUUCUGAAAGUCACAAAAACAACGAGAUCACUGAUCUCGAUAUAAAACCAGAAGGGCAGGAAAAUAUAGGUUCUAUUAGUGUAGAUAAUCAAGAUGAAACUGAUCCAAAAGUAAGAGAGGAUAUUGCCAAAAAAUUAGCAGCCUCAGCAGAAUGGAAUCAACGAAAGCAAGCAGAGUUCAACCAGAUUCUUAAGAAAAUGGUUGAAAGUAAGCCUGUUUUAUUUGGAAAGUCCCAGCCCAGCAAAAACAAGAAUAUUUCGUUUGAACAAAGAGGAGGGUCUUAUGAUAAUUAUAAGGAGAAAAGGGAUGCAAAACUUCGGGGAGAGAAGGCUGGAAAACGAGUAGAAAAGGAAACACAGUUUCGAGAAAUGCAGGAACUACUUGAUAAGAGGAAAGCUGAAAUGUUGUCCAAAAAUGUGAGUGCAAACAAAAAAAGUUCUCCAAGGUUACCCCAAAAAUCUCUUAGAAGUUCACCCCAGCCUGCAAAUUCCCCAAAGGAAACCCCUAAACCUUCAGUUACGAAAAAGGUGCAGGCUAGGUCGUCAUCAAUGCCUGCUACGCGCAAGUCUUGGUCAGCAACGCCUUCACCAAGGGCUGCUGGGAUAUCCCCUGCUAAUGCUCGUGGUGGAGUUUCAUCUGCUAGCAGCACCCCGACACGCCGGAAACCAGUGCCAACAUCAUCUGUUCCCCAACCAAGCCCCCAGAAGGAAAAAUCUCAGAAGGAAAAAUCUCAGCCACGAAGCAGAAAUGAGAAAGAAAUUCAGGCCAGUAAAGUCAGGAGCCUCAAAACCAUGAAUGAGAAGCAGCAGCCAAUUGCCCCAAGCAAGAGCAAGGCAGUCAAAGCAAAAGUGACGAAAGCUCCUGGAGAAACUGUUCCUUCAAAGACUAGCUUAGUUAACAAGGGAACCAAGAAAAGCAGUGUAGUGCCAUUGGAAUCAAAACCAUUUCUACGUAAGGGUUCUCGGGUGGUUAAUGUUACUGGUGAUCUUAACAAGAAAAAGAGUCCUCUGAAACUGGAUGAAUCUCAAAGAGAAAGUGAAGAUCUUAUUGAAGAUCAAGAAAGUGGGUUGGUUGUCAAUACUUCUGACUUGGUCAGUCAGCAUUCAGAUGGGGACACGAAGAUGCCUUGUCAUCAAAAUGCUGCUGCAGAACCAGGCCCUCAGAAUCAGAUAAACAAUGACAUGGUGUAUGGUGAGUCAGAGAACUCAGCCCAGGGUGCUAUUGAUGGUAAUGUAUUUACAGAUGUAGAAGAAUCUUCCUUGAAGUUGAAUGUAAGAAAUGAAGAAGAAUCAACCAUUUCACCUUCUGCCUGGGUUGAGACUGAAGAGGAUCUGGAGCCGCCCAAGCCAUGUGAUGAUAGCACAUUCCAAUCUGCAUCUCUGGCCAACACUGCCCCGGAAGGAUCUGCUAGUCCUCGUGUUCGUCAUUCUCUGUCGCAGAUGCUUCAAGAAGAAUGCAGUGAACCAGACAUUAGUGAGUGGGGGAAUGCUGAGAAUCCUCCUGCCAUGAUUUAUCAAAAAGAUGCGCCCAAAGGUCUGAAAAGACUCUUGAAAUUUGCUCGGAAGAACAAGGGCGAUACUGGUUCUACUGGCUGGUCUAGUCCAUCUGUUUUUUCUGAAGGAGAGGAUGAUGCUGAGGAAUUGAAAAAUUCAAAUAGAAGGAAUGCUGACAAUCUACUGAGAAAGGCUGCACUUAAUGUGAAAAGCUAUGGGCAACCAAAAAGUUCAGUACAUGAAGGAUAUGAAAGUUCAGUUCUCUGCCAUGCAGCAAACAGCGAUGAUGGCAAGGGUUAUCAAAGGACGCAAGGCGGCCGGGAUUCAAGUACUGGUCCGGCCCCAAGAGCAUCAAGGUCAUUCUUUUCUCUUUCAGCUUUUAGGGGAAGCAAACCCUCCGAGUCGAAGUUUCAAUAAUGCUAUUAUGGGGAACUCAUAAGAUUAUUGACUUUUGCCACCAUACCAGAACAUGUUCAUGUUCAUGUCAGGUCUAGCAUGGAUUUUCCCCCUACUUCUCAUGCUAUGUCUUACAUCAACAAGUGCCACCAAAUCAUAAAUAAUUCCAGCGGAUUGAUGAUAGUUAAGUGGGGAUGGUGGAAUGUUGUAAAUUCAGUUAAUUGUGUCGCUCUAUUUUAUUUCUUUACCUUAAAAUUAUUAUAUGUCAAAAUCAUCAGGCCUCCUCUUAGGAAAUUUUCGUAUAGCUGGAUUCUUUGUUAUAAUGUUGUUAACGUUCAUUUCAUCGUAUGGUGCUGUUACAUCAUAUUAUUGAUCAUUGUAGAUAACUAAAUUGGAGUUGUCAGUU